AUGGCCAACAAUAGAAAUUCAGUUUACGAUCCUUCAGGAAACUUAAGGAUACGAAAGCCCCACCCUCAUGAUGUCCUCUCAGGCCGUGGUGGAGGCAUCAACUCUCACCCUGGAAACAAGGUCUUUCGAGAAUGGGUCCGCGUGCGAAAGGAGGCUUACAACUUGGCUGUCACCAAGGCAGAGAAGGCUGAGGUGGCACAUCAAGUGAUGAAUCUGGUUCAGAAUCAACAACCACCUGGACGCUUUCUGCAGCGCGACCCGAACAGUACUACUGCCUGCAGUUUAUGGGUGGAAUUAGAUGCCAAUCGAGCACUAGCCAAGACAAGUCAGGCCUUACGGGAAGGAGCACCGCAGAUUCGGGCGGCUCACCGAGAUGUGGGUUGGAAGGCGGACCGGGCUCGAAAAUCGAAACGAAAGAACAGGCCAGCAAAGACCCCAUCGACAUCAGUACCGGCACCAACUCCAACACCAGCAAGCAAUCCAAAGUUUUCCUUGACAAGAACCAAGAUGAUAGCGCCUGCAACGGAAAUGAAUAAGGCCAUUCGAGCACUACAAGACAAUGUGGAUGAAGCUAAGCGGCUUGCGAACCAGCAACCCGAAUCAUCCCAGAAUGUUCCACCACCGCUCAUGAGCAACGAAGACUUUGAAGCCAAGUUUUCUAGACAGCCAAAGAGAGGAAAAUUCUUCAAUAUGCAAGAGUCAACACCUACUCUGACGUCAGUUCCAGUGUCCUUGAAUGCUGUCCCUGUCAAUUCUUCUCCAGCACCAACCAAUGCAAACACAACUAUUCCCAUGGCAUUGCCUUCUGCACCUCCUGUUCCUCUUAGGAGCGACUCUUCUAGUAAGCUACUUCGAACGAAUAGUCUAGCGCUAUCAGACUUUUCGAACGCGGAAAUGAAGGACGAAGAUCUGAACCAAGACUUUGUCAAUCCCUUUGAUGAUGAACACGAGAUAGAAUGCAUCAAUCCUGCUCCGCGCUCAACGGGGAGCGCUAGUGACAUCAAAAAGCUAGGCCAACAACAGCAGCAACAGCAACAACAGCAGUCCUAUAAUAACAACAAUGGGAGAAGCAGUUCAAACACAAGAUAUGCUACAGAGUUUUCUGAUCUAGGGAACGAACCAGCCUUGCUCAAUGCUGACUUUGGAGAAAGCAUGAAAUCGGUGUGGGACGCGACCCAUCCAGGUUUGACGUCUUCCGAAAAGGGAGACUGGGAUAUGCCCACACUACUCUUGCCCCGGCGAAAUAGUAGUGAAGCAUUGAAGAGGCUCUUGCGGUCGCCACUAACACCAAGAACGGCGCCAGCUAAGCAACGAGAUACUGGAAGACAGUAA